AAAAAAAUUAGUCUGCUGUCUGUGUCUGUUUGCUUUCAUUUCUCCCACUAGCAAAAAACCAGUCGCAAAUACAUUAAUUCAAUGCUGAUUAACAAUUUGACCUUUUUAAUGGGGUUCAACUAAGUGAAAGUAAACAAUUUCUUUAUGCACUCAAUUAUGUAUCAAAUUUCCAAAAAAUAAGCUUUCUUAUUAUAUAGAUAAUGGCAUCUACUUCUUUAAUAAGUUUUCUCAUUGUCGUUGCAGCUUUAGUAAUCGUCGAUAUUUUUUGUACCGACUUAAAUGCCCGUGGCAAUCAAAAUGUGGAACCUUCAAAUAAUGCAAAAAGUACCACCAGUACAGAGUGGCCAGCCUUAAAUCGAAGAAACCAAAGAUUAAGAACAAGCACGGAACCCUCAAAUAAUGCAAAAAGUACCACUACAGAGUGGCCAGCUUUAAAUCAAAGAAACCAGAGAUUAAGAACGAGCACACAAAAUCCAAAAAAAUGGAUACAGCAAAAUAAUAUUUGGAUUAGAAAUGAACAAGCUUCGGUAGUUGACAAUAAUAGGCAACAAACUAGCACUAAACCUCCAUUAAAAAGAGGAGACACUUAUACAGUUAUAAAGCCUCAAAUACCAACUCCCUUAGGCCCAAAAUCUCCUCAAAGUAACUCUCCUUCUGUAGGGCCAAUACAAGAAACCAACACCAAGGAUGAAGUAAUAGUCAACAAUUCCGAUGUUACCGAUGAUGAAUUAAGAGAAUUUUCCGAAAACAUUUUGAAAAAAGACAGUAAUAAUGCCAUGAAAUUUGUUACUUUGAAUUUACAAGGGAUGACCAGUUCUAGGUCUUCAAAUGAUGAAGCACCUUUACCAUUGCUAGAAAUCAAAAAAGAAGCCUACAACAUACCGUCAAUAGAAAAACUAGUCUUGCUUCACAACAAUUACUUUUUAGAAGCGAGUCAAAACGAAGUUUACACCGGCCAAGAAAGAAUCGAAGAAAACAAUUUACUCGAUACAAUUUUAGCUACCCCUGUAAUGCAAUUUGCCAGGAGUUUUUUGGUGCAAAAAGGCAAAAUAGGCAAAGACCCUAAAGAAUUCAGGGACUUGUUACGUUUAAUUUGGUUCAACAUGUACUCCCGAGGACAAGGCAGAAUUGGUUCAAGUGGAUUCGAGCACGUAUUUGUUGCAGAAAUUAAAAACAGCCAAGUGUCUGGUUUACACAAUUGGAUCUACUUUAAAGAGGAAGAACAGGCAAAAAGGGCUAAUUAUUUGGGAUAUUUGAAGAAAAUUGAUUUAGGAGAAAAAGGAGCCAUCUUGAAGUACCACUUUACCUUUCACGACAUUGACAAACCAGUUGGUUCCAUGUUUAUAGGCACCAGUCCGGAAUUGGAAAUUGCCUUGUACUCUACUUGCUUUAUUUUAAGAGCGGAUAAAAUUUGUCCCUUAAAAAUGAACGGAAAUAGAUUUAUUAUUCGAACGUAUACUUACAAAUAUAGAGGCAAAAAUAUGAUUGGAAGUGCCUUUCCUGAAAUUUAAAUCAAUAAUUUUACAUUAAUUAAUUUGAUAAUAAUACUGUUUUAAACAAAUUUGUAUUCAAUUUUAGAUAAUAAACUAUUAAAUGAAUAUAUUGUUAUAAAAAAAUAAGUAACUUGAAUCCAAGUUAUAAUGAAGACAAAAUAAGAAAUAAUUAACUUGGAUUUAAACAAUUAAUAACUAAAUUAAACAUUGAACCUUUCAGGAUCUUCAAGCCUAAAAACAGAAAAAAAAAAUUACAUUCAGCAACUACUGAAAAAUCGUAUUUCUUACCUCAAUAAUGUGACAUUUUGGGUAAUGAACGAAACAUCUUGAGGCGUCAAAAAGACAAAUUGCAAUUCGGGCUUUGAGUUUGCAUGUUCCAACAAAAUCUCAAUAACUUUAGAACGAUUUAAUUUGUCCUAAAAUAUAAAUUAAUUAAAUCUCUUCUAAUUUACUAAUGAUAAUUUUACCAUAUAAACGUCAAACUCAUCCAAAAUAUAAAAAGGAAAAUCCAUACAUUGCCACAAAGAAUACAAAAACGCCACAGUAGAAAAAGACCGUUCUCCUCCGGAUAAAUUCGAGGUUGUAGUUAAACCUUGGGAGCCAUGUUGAGGCAUGACAAUCAACUCCAGCUUUUUAUGUUCCAUGUCUAUUUCUAUGGUUCCAGUGAAUUGUCUGAUUCCCAAAAUUCUUUCGAAGCAAUGUUUUACGAAAUGGAUAAAAUGAGAUUCGGUUGAUUUGUAGUACUUUUUGCGCAUCUCAAGAGAUUGAGUGAGUUCAUUUAAGGUAACACCCAAUUGUUUCAUAGUUCCUUUUACUGAAUCGUGUUUUUCAUUUAAUUUGUCACGUUUUGCUAAAAUAUUUGUAAUAUCUUCAGCUUUUGUUUGUAGACGAGAUAUUUUUUCUGUUACUGCUUGCUUUUCUCUAGUGACGUCAGCUAAAGUCCUAAAAAUAAAUUGUUAAUAAUAGUUAUGUAUGUAUGUGAAUUUUUGCCUGAUUUUUGUUGGUCUUUCUGCAAGGCUCGAGGCCUCAGCUAUUUUUUCUUCCACAAAAGCUUUUUUUCCAUCAAUCGCUUCUCUUGCCGUUUCGACUCUCCUUUGCAAUUCUUCCAUUCUCUUAUUGUCAGAAACGUCCAAUACUCGUCUGCGUGAUUUUUUCUCGUUGGCUUGUUCGUACAAUGUUGACAAUCGGUCUUCCAGUGCUUUCAUGGAUUUUUGUAUUUGGGUCAUUUUACUUUUUUGAGAGGAAAAUUUGGUUUUUAGCUCGCGAGUUUCUUCUUCUAUCUGGCCCAGUAAAGCUUGUUUUUGGUUAAGGACUUCUUUCAUUUCUCUCAU